AUGGCACUGCUGGUCGACAAGCUACGUCCUCGCUCACUCGAUGCCCUCACAUAUCAUAAAGACCUCUCGGAUCGUCUAGCCUCCUUGGCUGCAUCCGCCGACUUUCCUCAUCUUUUAUUCUACGGCCCUUCUGGAGCCGGCAAGAAGACGCGGAUUCUUGCCACAUUACGAGCCUUGUACGGCGGCGGGGUGGAAAAGAUCAAAAUCGACGCGCGGAUAUUCACGACCUCGUCCAACCGCAAACUUGAAUUCAACAUCGUGUCCUCUGUCUACCACCUGGAAAUCACGCCGAGCGAUGUGGGAAACUACGACCGAGUGGUGAUCCAGGAGCUGCUGAAAGAAGUGGCACAAACACAACAAGUCGAUCUCUCGGCAAAGCAGCGGUUCAAGGUCGUGGUGAUCAACGAGGCGGAUGGACUCAGUCGCGACGCGCAGGCCGCUUUGAGACGGACGAUGGAGAAGUACAGUGCCAACGUCCGGCUGAUCCUGGUGGCCAACAGCACGGCCGGAAUCAUCGCCCCAAUCCGCAGUCGGACAUUGCUCGUGCGUGUGUCGGCACCCACGCAGCCCGAGAUCUGUGACGUCCUGGCCAAGGCCGCCAAAAAGGAGAGUUGGAAGGCGAUUCCAGCAUUGAACGAGCGGAUUGCCCGAGAAUCCGGGCGGAAUCUGCGCAAGGCGUUGCUCAUGUUCGAAGCCGUCUACGCGCAGAACCCGGAGCCGAGCGAAAAGACGCCCAUUCCUCCGCCCGACUGGGAGCUCCUGAUCGAGCAGAUUGCGCGAGACAUUGUGCGUGAACGCACGCCGGCCAUGAUCCUGGCGACACGGGCCAAGCUCUAUGACUUGCUGACCCACUGCAUUCCGGCGACUAUGGUGCUCAAGACACUCUGCUUCAAGCUGGUGGCCCUUCCGGAAAUCGACGACAGUCUGAAACCCGAGGUCGUUCGGUGGGCCAGUUUCUAUGAACACCGCAUCCGGCUAGGCAGCAAGGUGAUAUUCCACCUCGAAGCCUUUGUCGCCAAGUUCAUGCGCAUCUUUGAGGGAUACCUGGUCGGAAUGGACUUUUAA